GCCUCCCGCCGCCGCGGCCGCGCGGGGCUCCGCCCCCGGUGCGCAGUGCGCAGGCGCGCGGCGAGGCCGCGCGGGGGGGUGUGAGAUGAGCGUACUACUGCCCAAUAUGGCGGACUUCGACACUAUCUAUGAGCUGGAGGAGGAGGAAGAGGAGGAGGAGGAGGAGUCCGAGCCUGUGGUGCGGAGCCAGGAGCUGCCCCGGCCCCGCGAUGCGCCGGAUCCCGUAGCGGUACGGGGCGCCGGGCACAUCACCGUGUUUGGCUUGAGCAACAAGUUUGAUACAGAAUUUCCUUCUGUUCUGACAGGGAAGGUUGCCCCAGAAGAAUUCAAGACCAGCAUCAGUCGUGUGAAUGCCUGUUUAAGAAAGAAUCUCCCUGUCAAUGUAAAAUGGCUGCUUUGUGGCUGUCUGUGCUGCUGCUGCACCCUGGGCUGUAGCCUGUGGCCUGUAGUCUGUCUUAACAAAAGAACUAGAAGAUCAAUUCAGAAGUUAUUAGAAUGGGAAAAUAACAGACUAUAUCAUAAGCUUGGUUUGCACUGGAAGCUGAGUAAAAGGAAAUGCGAAAGUAGCAAUAUGAUGGAAUAUGUAAUACUAAUAGAGUUCUUACCAAAAUAUCCCAUAUUUCGACCUGACUGAGGAACAGCAUUUGAUCUUUCAUGUUACCUGUCAUUUUCUACCCUUAGUGCCUUGUAGAUGAUUUUGGAAAGAAGAUGGUCUACUUUGCUGUGACUCAAAAAUGUUCUUCAGUAGAAUAUCUUCCUUGCUACGUUACUUUCUUUUGUUAAGAAGAGAACAAUUUGCACAUUUUUUUUUUUAUGUUAAACGAGGCUUCUAUGUUGCACUCUGAAUUUUUAACGUUAACUGAUAUAGUUGCCACUAGGGAUCUAACAUCAGUGCUGCUUAAACUUGUUCUGAGCAUGCUGCCUUAUUACUUUCUCUAUUCGCUGUCCUCAAACAUGCAUCCUAAUGCCGUGUCAUACCAUAUUUCAUCCUAAAUGUCACAAUCCUAUAAACCUUCAGUAGAAAUGUCCAGGUAAGCGUCUAGUAGUAAUGAUUUUAGUAUAACUUGCUUGCAUAGGACUUGCAAUCAACAGCACUGGUUUUGUCCUGCACUUUGCAAAAUCAUCAUUUACAUUAGGGGGGUUAAUUAUUUUACCCACUAUGGAUUUGUAAAUAUUGACUCUUUGCAUAAUGUAAAGCGUGGUAUGCCGAGGUUUACAGAAUGUAAUAUAGCUCUUAUUCUAUUGCCAACAGUCCGCCAACAUUUUAUUCCUUACAUUUGCUAGUAGCCCUCUGAUUGUAUAGACCCAUUCACAUGCUGGUUUUAUGGUAAAGCCAUAAUGAGUCUGUACAUACUAUCAGAUGUGUAGGGCCCAGUUGCACUUUGUUUAGUAAAUGGAUGAAAAAUGCAUAGGAUUUCUGUCUUUUUUAAAAUAUUUUUUUCCUAAGUAUUUCAGGUCUUGUUUGUAGCACCUGAAACAGGAACCUUAAAUACCCUUCACCUUCAAAUAAGUUGCAUUUGUGGGGUAGGUGGCGGCUGCUAUUAGAAAAGUAUCAUAAAGCCUCUUUUUGAGUUAGGACCCUAUGGAUGGCAAGUUUUGUUCUGCUAAGGAAGGAAAAAAAGUUUCAUAAUUGGAGACCUUCACUACUAAGGAGAAAAAUGUGGAACAGCCAAAUCGAAGCCAAAGUAACACUUCUGUUAUUUUUGUAGUGUGAUAAUACUUCGGCAUUUUAACAGUUGAGAGACGGCAUCCGUUCCAGUGGAAAUAAAUUUUAGUUAAAUCUGAGCAGUGUUUCAAAAUAUGCCGAUGAGAGGAAGUGGAUCGGUUGAAAGGGUUCAUGCGUAUGUUUUGGUGAUCAGGCACAGCCUGACAAGCCACAAAUGCCUUGUGGAAUUCACAAGUAUUCUUGAAUUCCUCCCUGUUUGCCUGAUCUCAGGAAGGGAGCUGAUUGUAGAAAAACUUCCUCUAAUGGCUGGCCUAAGCGAGACCACUCAGUAAUAGUAAGCAGACAAAAAUGGAUGCAAGUUCCCUCCCUUUCCUAACUAGAAGUAAGAAACCAGAGAAAACGCAACAGACAACAGAGUGCCUGCAAGAUUUGAUGAAUGUCAUCAUAAGCGUCCAGGCAUUUCUUUGCAGCAGCCUGACUCCUUGCGACAUCAUCCCAAGUUGCUUUUUAGUUUCAGGGUGACUUGGUAUUUCCUCUGAAUGUAUUUGCAUCCUUUCAGUAUGCAAUAGAGUAUUAAAAUAUAGUAUUUGUAAGACCGUUGUAUUCUAGUAACUGUAGCAGGUCAGAUUUCCUGUACACAGUGUUUACAGAAGGCCAGUUUUAUGCAAGUUGUUACUUCGAAUCCAAUUUCGUGCUAUUCUCGCUGCACGGCCGAGGAGUGUCAGGCUCCAGCGCUUGCAGCCACAGGCUGAUGCUUCAGAUUCCGAAACCUGUAUACUUAGUGCGGAGGUUUCCUUUGGUAGAUGGGUGACAACUAUGUAACUGCAUUUGUAACGUAAUGAAUAAAAACCUACUGUGUUGUUUGAAUUUAACGUUAGCUACACCUUGCAGCUCAGAUUUCUGUCACAGAACCGAGCAAAGUGUCCUCCCCAGUUUGUUUUUUUUUAGGAUGAGUCUUAACUGGAAGCAGAGAAAAUACUUAAUGGCAGAAAAAUGCAGUGUAAACCAAAACUGAAAGAGCACACCCAAUUCUAUGUAUUUCCCUUACAAAUAAGUUUCUGGAGUAAAUGAAGGGAGCUCAGCUUAAUUAACAGAACAAUAGAAGUUUCUUACAGUUAUGCCAGAACUUUGUCAGUAAUUUUCCUUUUUUUGUGUAAGAAACUCAAGAAAUCUCAGCAGGUUCUUAUUUUUUACCUUAUGUGACUAUAUUUUCAAAACGUUCCUUUCCAACUGAGAGAACAGGCGAGCGGAAUGAGGGUGCCAGUAAUUGCCUGCGGUGAACGCUGAGCGGUCUUCAGGCUCGCUGCUAAAAAACUCUUUGGUCUGCACUGACUUCACCGUAUUCAGGUCUAAAUUUCUCAUCCUGAUUUGUCUAGUUUCUGCAAAGUGCUGUGCCAAGCUGAGAGAGUACCCUGAGCCAGCGGAGCCCCCAGUCCCGCUGGGCUGCUCCCUGGCCGCCCCGCGCUGCGAUACGGCCGGAGACCCAAGGCGGACCGAGGCAGCGGCUUGGCUGUUGUCCCUUCCGUGGGCCUGGCUGUGGCAGUUGCCGCAGGCUGCUCUGCCCGAGGCAGGUCCUCUGCCCCUGGGUCUCACCCGGACACUUAAGCACAGAAUAUUAGUUAUUUUAAAGUUUACAUCUUAAGUGUGUACAUUCUAUGCAUUUUACUUUGUCCUUAAUUAUUAAUUGUAGAGUCUUCAAACCAUGAAAGAGUCUCUUAUUUUUGUGUUUUAAUAGAUAUUUAAAUAUGUGGCCGUAAAGCAACUAGUAAAGAACGGGAGAGCCAAAACUGCCAUUUACAGUCAGUUCCCUGUUUUAAUAAGGAGAUAAAUUUGCAUUUAAAUGCAAAACCAGCACACAGUGUGAUAUUUGCAUCUGAAAGACACAGGUUCGUAGCUUAUUUAAGACCAGACCAGGGCGGCUGCAAGUACUGCUGUGAACUCUGCACACUGCUGCCUCCAGGUCCUUUUUUGCCUGGGCUAUCCUUUGCUUCGGUAUAAAACUAUUCUGGGGUAAUUUGAUCUCACAACACUGAAAAAUCUCGUUUUUGACAAUGAGAAGUCAGCAUGAAUUGGUAAACCUAGUUAUGGAGGGUACUUGUUAACUGGAGAAGGAAUUUGUAGCAAUAUAGCAGAGAGAAUCCAUUAGCAAAGUGUAGCGGAGGUGGUAAAGAAAGUGCCUUGUCCCGUUCCAGCAGAAGAGAAAAUAUUGUGCAGAGAGCGAGGAGAAAAGGGAGAUAGUAACUGUAUCGGGAGGGUGAGUUUGCAGCAGAUUCUUAGGAGCAGUUACUGUCCACCCAGUCAAUGUUUAAUUUUUCAUAUAAACAUGUUGGCACUAAGGUUCCUUUCUAGUUUUUAUCUAGGAAAUGUUUGGAUUUGUAUUUAUUAAGUUUUUUAAUCUAAGCAGUAUUAAAGAAUACUGGCAGAGCAUCAAAGCUCUUACCUACUGGUUCCCCACCUGCAUCUGUGAACUUGUUUUACAAUAGGAGGGGGAAAAAAAUCCCCCAAGUGCUCCAAGACGCGCGCAGGCAAGCCUAGGGAGCAUGGAGUCAGCUGCAGGUGGGUGGCUUGAAAACAGAAAAUGUUUUUUGCUAAAUCUGGUGUGGUCUUGAUAAAUAAAAAAGAGAAGUUCCUGUGCUUUCCUUCAUAGGUACAAAACUCCACAUGCAAAACCAUGAAUAUAUGUUUCUUAUUGUCCCGCUAUGACAGUUCACUACAUUUCCUUCUCAACACACUACCAUUGGAGCAAUAAAAAUGUCAAGCUGUUAAUAUUCAGUGUAAAUAAUUUAUCAUUUCAGUAAGUAAUGUUAUGUGAUUCUGCCAUUUUUUUUUUGUUUUCUGCUUUUGGUGUCCUUACGGUGUUGUAAUGUUACUUGUACUGCUUAAGAAAAGUGGUUUUGUUUAAGCUGUAUGAAACACUUUGUGUUCUUAACAUUUUUAUUCUGUUUACAAGUGAACAGCCACUUUUUAAUAGGACCUCACAUCUUGAGAGUUUUCUCUCUGUUUUUUUUUUUUUUAAAUUAAAAUAAAAUUCUAACUAAG